AUGGAUGGAGAUAGAGGUUGGAUGUAUAAUACUUCUCGCGUAAGUGCCGAGUACAUUGAAAAAGUGAAUGACUUUCUUGAUAAAGCAUUUGCAAAAGCAGCUAAAGGGAAUGAAAUAUGUUGUCCUUGUCGUGGUUGUUUUAAUCGUUGUUGGCAUCAGCGAAAUACUGUCUGCAAUCACUUGAUUGUCAAGGGAUUUAUAGAUAAUUAUUACAAAUGGGUUUUCCAUGGUGAGGAUUUGCCAUCAAGAUUGAACGUCCAUAGCGAGAGUGAUGAUGAUGAUGCACGUACUCAUGAUGAUGUAGGCGGAUUACUACAUGAUAUUUUUAGAGGCACAAUAGAAGAGUUUUCAGAUAACGAUGAAGAAGACAUAAAGGAAGGCACAGAGGAAUUGACCGAGGAUGCUAAGAAAUUUUAUAAGUUAGUGGAAGAAGGCCAACAAGAGUUAUUCCCAGGAUGCAAAACUUUUUCCAAACUCUCUUUCAUAAUUCGAUUAUAUCUGCAUAAGUGCAUACAUGGACUAAGCAAUGAGGCAUUUGAUGAUUCUCUGACCUUGUGGAGGGAAGCAAUUCCAGACAUAAAGUUGCCAAAGUCUUUUUAUGAAGCCAAAAGGAUUGUCAAGGACUUGGGUCUCGAUUAUGAAAAAAUACAUGCGUGCUCUAACGAUUGUAUGCUAUUCUAUGGAAAUGUAAAUGGGAAACUGAAUAAGUGUAGUAGUUGUGGUGCUUCUCGGUGGAAGCCAAAGAAGGAUGAUGCAGCAAAUGACUCCAAUCAACCAACUAAAAAGGUGCAUAAUGUUCCAGUAAAGGUUUUGAGGUACUUUCCUUUAAAACCUAGAGUUCAAAGACUAUUUAUGUGUUCUCAAACUGCUAAAUCUAUGAGUUGGCAUUCUAAGGAGCGCAUCGAGGAUGGGAUUCUAAGGCAUCCGGCUGAUGGCAAAGCUUGGAAAGACUUUGAUGAAAAGCAUCCAGAGUUCGCAUUAGACCCUCGUAAUGUGAGAUUAGGGCUUGCUAGUGAUGGAUUUAACCCCUUUCGAACAAUUUUCUCUGCUUAA